AUUUCAACUGGAAAUUUAGUUGCUGGCAUGACUACUGCAGUCACUGCGCCUGUCGAUGUCAAGGAUUUCUUCCGUUUAGUCAAGUGACGCCAUUGUGAGCCGUAACGACUUUUCAGAGCACAGAGUUUAAUCUCUAAUUACUUAAAUAAUCUUGGUAAGGAGAAACAAAAACAAACUCAAAAAAUGGCUGAUGAUAUGCCCACAUUUAAAUGCGUGCUGGUAGGCGACGGCGGCACUGGCAAAACCACAUUCGUCAAACGGCAUUUGACUGGAGAGUUCGAGAAACGAUACGUAGCGACUCUCGGCGUCGAAGUGCAUCCUUUAGUGUUCCACACCAACCGCGGGCCGAUCAGAUUUAACGUGUGGGACACAGCGGGCCAGGAGAAGUUCGGAGGGUUGCGAGACGGCUACUACAUCCAGGGCCAGUGCGCUAUCAUCAUGUUUGACGUAACCUCGCGCGUCACGUACAAGAACGUACCCAACUGGCACAGAGACCUGGUGCGAGUGUGUGAAGGCAUCCCCAUCGUGUUGUGUGGUAACAAAGUCGACAUCAAGGACAGGAAAGUCAAAGCGAAAACAAUCGUUUUUCACAGGAAAAAGAACCUUCAGUACUACGACAUCUCAGCCAAAUCAAAUUACAACUUUGAAAAACCCUUCCUCUGGUUGGCGAGAAAACUGAUUGGUGAUGGUAACCUAGAGUUUGUUGCUAUGCCCGCUCUUGUACCACCCGAAGUCACCAUGGACCCACAAUGGCAGAACCAAAUUGAAAAGGAUCUCAAAGAAGCCCAGGACACUGCUCUCCCCGAAGAAGAUGAAGACUUGUAAACAUACUAUUAUGUAUAGCAUUAAAGGUCUUCAGGGUUUGCACUGGGAUUUUUAUACUAUACAAAAAAAAAUUGUCAUUUCCUUAUUCACAGUUUUACAAAUAAAAUACACGAAAGUAUUAAAAAUAAAAAAAUGAACUUUGCUUAUUGUCAACAUUGAAGAUUGUUUCUCUGAGAAUAAGGAUAUUUGGCAACCGAAACUCCCAGUGCAUUCAUCACAACCAUGUGAUUGUAUUAUUUGGAAAGGUGAUCAAAGAAAGGUGGCAAGCUAUAAAUUUUCAUUGAAAUUAUUUUUUCAAUAUAUUUUCAUUCCAUUAGAUUUCAAUUGGCUUGUAUCAUUGUUUUUAUAAAAUCAUCCACAUUGAGUCAUUGUGCAAAUAGCAAUUUGUUGUAUUUAGCUAAUAAUUUGAUACAUUUGUUUAUUUAUAAGAUAACAUUAUCAUUUUUGUCAGGAGUUGUAAAAUACAUUUGCAAGAAUCAUUUCUUUUGUUUUGAUUGUCACUUCAUUGAGAUUAAAAAUAAGAAAAUGUGUUUAAGUGAUCAAUAUACAUAUAGCUUUUUUGUGACAUUCACUUGAAAAUACAACAUUUUUUUUUACUUUUAGUAAUGUUUGUCCACUGAAUAUUGUAACUUAUCUGAUUUAUUUAAUAAAUGUUGAGGACUGACAAUAUUUCACUCUAAAAAUUGUGGUGAUACUUUUUGAAUAAAGAUAAAUGCAAA